AUGUCUAUCCGACCAUCAGUCAUAAGUCAUUCAUCUCAUGCAGAAGGCAGGAGAACGUUGCCUCCUAUGCGAAACAGUCACCCUAAACUACAUACACUCAGGCGAUGCACGUCAUUGGAAUGGGUCUAUGAUGCCGGUGAUGACUCAAAUAGCUCUGUGGAGUAUUGUAAAUUGGUGAUUAGGGAAGGAGAUGAGUAUGACGACCUCCACUGUAUUUCAAAGGAUGUGUGGCUUGAUAUUCAAUGGUAUUAUAGGCGCGUCGACCUUGAAGAUCAAAGCAUCGACCUCGCUGCGUUUGUUGGUGAAUAUGAGCUUGUACUGAGUGACCACAAGUCCAUUGUGGAUAUGAAUUGUAUUGAAGAUCACGCGAGAAUCAUUCCAUAUGAUGAGGGUAAUUUGGCGCAAGCUCAAAUACCAGUGGAGAAAUUGUAUCAUCGGUGGAAUAUAUCCAUGCAAUUCGUAACGCGCAGGGACGUUUUGCACCUCAAAGGUGUCAAUAUCAAUAACUCUCAAGUAUCGACGUACUGCAGUUGUAAUUCGUGCAAUCUGUCGUAUUCCUCCCCGAAUAACCUACAACGUUACUGCAGGGCAUGUCGAAAGUGGUUCAAUGAGACUUGCUUGGAAUCCGUUGCUAGGAAGAUGAAUAGGAAGUGGAAGGCGCGUCUGCCAUCUGAUUAUGAUGCUGUGCAAAUCGACGCAGAUUUUGGUCCACUUUUAACGAUGCCUAUUCGACGAGGGGGACAUUGCGGAGUAGUCGGAAAUGGUAUGAUUUUAAUACAGAUAAAAACACUUCUGGAUCAGGCGAUGGCUCUCGGACAACUUCCAGCUGGGUGGAAAGACGGCUUGCACUCAAACGUGGUCUCAACGGUCCAUGAGCUUGUUCAACGAUACUACUGCCCGGUUUGUGGACGCAUGGUGGUUUAG